AGCUUCCAUUUGUCACAGGCUGUUGUGAAUCGGAGGCCAGCGGCCCCACAAUGCCAGGCGGGGGAGCCCCUCUCUCAGCUACACACAAGAGCAUCAACGCCUCGCCUCACUGAAAAGGACAGAGAGAGGAGAGAAAUGCAAAGGGAUGUAAGAUGGCAGAGCUACAAAUGCUAUUAGAGGAGGAAAUCCCUGCCGGUAAAAGAGCGCUUGUGGAAAGCUAUCAGAAUCUGUCCAAGGUUGCGGAAUACUGUGAAAACAAUUAUGUUCAGGCUCAAGACAAGAAGAAGGCCCUGGAGGAGACCAAGGCCUACACCACCCAGUCUCUGGCCAGCGUGGCCUACCAAAUCAAUGCCUUAGCUAACAAUGUGCUGCAGCUGCUGGACAUCCAGGCCUCGCAACUGCGGCGCAUGGAGUCCUCCAUCAACCACAUCUCCCAGACGGUGGAUAUCCACAAGGAGAAGGUGGCACGUCGAGAGAUCGGCAUCCUGACCACAAAUAAGAACACCGCUCGCACGCACAAGAUCAUUGCUCCGGGCAACAUGGAGCGGCCAGUGCGCUAUAUUCGGAAGCCCAUCGACUACACACUGCUGGACGAUGUGGGACAUGGCGUCAAAUGGCUUAAGGCCAAGCAACAUGGGAACAAUGCCGCAGCAGCAGCAGCAGCAGCAGCAGGACGAGGAGGGACACUUUCCAGGACCACCCCACCCACACAGAAACCCCCCAGCCCCCCAAUGGCUGGUCGUGGUACACUGGGGCGUAACACUCCCUACAAGACCCUGGAGCCGGUGAAGCCUCCGGUGGUGCCCAACGACUACAUGACGAGCCCCGCCAGACUGGGCAACCAGAACAGCCCUGCACGCACAGCCUCCCUCAACCAGAGGCCCAGGACUCACAGUGGCAGCAGUGGCGGUAGCGGGGGCAGGGAGAACAGCGGAGGCAGUAUCGUCGGUAUUCCUAUUGCAGUUCCCACCCCCUCCCCUCCCAGUAUGGGGCAAGUGGUGACGUCCUCAGCCUCAGUGCCUCAGGGCCCUGGUCUGGGCCCCAUUCCAAUGUCCCAGUUCGGCACCAUCUCCCGCCAAAUUUCCCGCCACAACUCUUCCACCACCUCCUCGGCCUCCAUGGUGUCGGCCACCGGCACCUACCGCCGCGCACCAUCCGUGUCCUCACAGCAGCCCCACAUCAACGGGGGCCCCGCCUACCCUCAGAACUCAGUGUCUGUGGCUCCUCCACCUCCUCCUCCCAUGGUGCAGCUGACCCCACAGAUCCCUCUGACCGGCUUUGUGGCCAGAAUGCAGGAGAGCAUAACAGACAGCCCUGCCCCGCCUCCUCCGCCUCCCCCAGAGGACAUGGGUGUGUUUGAAGAGCCCUCUCCCCCUCCUCCUCCCCCACCUGUGGACUAUGAGGAAGAGGAGGCUGCGGUGGUUCAUUACAGCGACCCCUACGCUGACGGAGACCCCCACUGGGCCCCCAAGAUUUAUUUAGAGAAAGUUGUGGCCAUCUAUGACUACAGCAAGGACAAGGAGGAUGAGUUGUCCUUCAUGGAAGGUGCCAUCAUCUACAUAAUCAAGAAAAACGAUGACGGCUGGUUCGAAGGCGUCGCUAACGGCGUCACCGGACUCUUCCCUGGAAACUACGUUGAGUCGAUCAUGCACUAUGCUGACUAAAAAGAAAAACAACACAGUUUUGAACUGAGGUUAAAGCAAACUUUAGAUGUACUGCACUUCAUACAAUCCCCAUUUUGAAUGAAGUGCCAUUGUGGAUUUUGAAAUGGUUUUCCUUUUGGGGGGUUUGUGCUUGCACGGUUUUGUUAUACUCCCAAAAAAAAAGUGUCGCACAAUGAAGGAGCCCAAGCUUCGGACCAGGGUCUGUUAGUUUACACUGUUCACGAAAGGGAGGAGAUAAAGGCCUUUUAGCGACCACUGUUACAUCUCUGGUGGUCUGUAGCAGUUUAAAGGGGACAUAUCAUGCUCGUUUUCAAGUUCAUAAAUGUAUUUUGGGUUUCUACCAGAACAUGUUUACAUGCUUUAAUGUUCAAGAAACGCAUUAUUUUGUUCGUACCGCCUGUGUAAAGAUAUCUGAAUUCACCAUCUGUCUGAAACACUCCGUUUUGGCGCCUGUCUUUUUAAGCUUCCUUCCCAAAAAUGCCAAGUCUGCUCUGAUUGGCCUGCGGGAAAAUAUUGUAAGGGUAGUUGUCAUGCCAGUGUGGAUGGUGGUUGGUGUUUUCUAAUGAUCAUGAAUGUGAAAGUUAGUUGAUUGGCACUGAAAAAGCUUUUCACGGUAUGUCCCCUUUAAAAGUCACAUUUUGCCUCAAAGGAAAUUACAUAAUUUCAAAAAAUGCCAAGUUAAACUAGACUUAGUGUUCAUUUGUGUAUCAGCUGCCAACAUUUUCAGUAUUUACAGUAUGCAUUAGAUCCAGACAGUGAAGCGCUACUAGGAUUUCAUGAAUAGAUGAGGCAGUGUCGCACAGAAGCUCCUACCCCUUUAUUUGCACUGUAGACCAGCAGACCAACCCUUCCCUUCCUUAAAAACAUCCAUCUUACCUUAAAAAAACAAACAGACAUCAACAAGUGCAUUAGGACACCACUGAAUGUUCAAUGCCGUCGAUGUCCGAAUCACAAGAUUUUUAAGGUGGAACAAAAGCAACCUCGUGUUGUGUACUUACUAUGCUCUGUGUCAAUGGGGAUGCUGUUAAAAACUGAGUGUAUAGAAUGCAUCACAAAAAAAAGACCACAGUUUCUUCUUUCUGUUCUCUAACUUGUAUAUAAACUGUAACGUGAGAAGCUGCCAGUAACAGUACAUGUGUCACUUAGUGUGUUUUCACCUGUGAGUUUCCAUCAGUACAGGUGAUGCCAAGAUUGGAUGCCAUUUUUAUUUUUUAUUCAGCUUGAAUAUAAAUUCUAUUCAUCACUCACAGUGCCAUUUAUAACUUUAUCGUGGCAAAGUGGCCGUGUAUAAACAGUUAUUUUUCUAUGUUCUGUAACACCUAUAUCCUUUUUUGUCACUAUGUUUGGUGAUGCUGUCCAGCUACUGUAGCAGAGCUUCAAACACGAAGCAAUGGAAGGACUAACCUGUUUUUUUCCCCAUUCUAUCCAUUUCAUUGGAAUCGCUGCACUGAUCAGGUUAACCGUGAUGAUGUCAUGAUUUCCGGCAUUGCUUACAGAAGUAUCGGCUAACCUUUACAUGAGUUGUUACUGGUGAGGGGCUUUACAUUGGUGCUCAAAAACCAUUAUCACCAACACAAACAACCUCAAACCGAGACUUCUCAACACACUGUAAAAACUUGACAAGCGAUGUAAGCGUCAUUUCUUUGUUCGAACAGGUAAACAUCCAUCAGAUCUGAUUGUAAUCGUCUUCAAUCACCUCUAGUGAAUGUAGGCAACUCAGCAGUAAUGUAAAACUAAAGUUUGUUUUUGUCAACGUACACAGAAACAGAUACAAGUCUGCGCUACAAAUGAAUGACUCUUGCAGUGAAGGAAUGAAUUGCAAUCCACAGGUCUUACAAACAGCGCUGAUAUGAAGACUUCCGUGCUGGUUUCUACUACUUUUUCAAAGUAAACUGACUGCUCUUACAAAGUGAUUGUUGUUGCAAGUGAAAACCCGCCGUCAUAUAUCAUCAAAGCACAUUUUCAUUUUUUAAUAUAUGUUUGUAACAAGCCACACAAGCAAACAUAAUCAUGUACUUUGCGAACAACGGGCAUUGAACACACACUUCUAUUUUGAAAUGGAUACAGACGAACCAAAAUACAACAGUAUUCAUUCGGCCAUUGUGCAUGAAGGUAUUUAACCGUUGCGAUUUGCCAUUUCAUCCCAUUAUGAUUGUAUUUAUUCCAUCAUGAGGUCAUUUUUUUGUGAAACUUUUCUACCUAAUGUAUUUCUAGCUUUGCAUUCAACUUGUUUUGUGUCUGAGACUGCUGAGGAAGGUUUGGCUAUAGCAGUUUGUAUUUUAAGGAUUAAUUUAUAGUUUUUUCAUAGAGAAAUCAUGAGACAACCACUGACGUACAGAACUUUGUAAUGUUUACCACUUAACGUCUCGCAUUUCAGGGCAUCACAGGUCAAGGCGCAUUUCUUUGAUGUGUGUUUUCUUAAUGAUGAAACGUAGGGUGGGGGGGCAUCAGUAACUUAAAUGUUCAUGGGAACAGAAUCCGAUAUUUGUCUUCUCCUCUCAGUUUGUACAUAGGAUGUGUUCAUUGAAAUUUAUGUACAGUCUUUUUGUAAUAAACAGCUCAUUGAAACAAUGAACAGAACAGUUUGGAGCGUGUCGUCAGUGUGCAAAAAAGUAUUGAUUGCAAAAUUAAAUAUCCUCAUACAUAUGGUUACAAAUAAAAUGUGUUCUUUUGCAUUAUGAAAUGUUAUGUUACUGUGUGUGCAUUGCAAUAAUGUGACUACUGGCAUCAAAGUUAAGACAUUUUCCAGAUUGAGUGGUAUC